GCGGUGCGCGGCACUGUGCCGGCGGCUCCCGCGGGGCGAGGGCGGGCCGGGCUGGGGCCGCUGAGCCUCGUCCUUCUCCCUCCUCAUCGCCACCGGGUGAAGCUGAGCCGAGCACCGAGGAGGUGCUGCAGCUGCUCCCGGGGCAGUGACAGCAAGGACUGACAAACCCCAAGUGCCCACACCAGGCCUGAGCGUUCCAAGAUGUCCCUGAAGGUGCAGACGAGCAACAUCACCAACAAGAACGACCCCAAAUCCAUCAACUCCAGAGUCUUCAUCGGCAACCUGAACACGGCCGUGGUGAAGAAGUCCGACGUGGAGACCAUUUUCUCCAAGUAUGGGCGCGUGGUUGGCUGCUCUGUCCACAAGGGCUACGCCUUCGUGCAGUACUCCAACGAGCGGCACGCGCGCGCCGCCGUGCUGGGCGAGAACGGCCGCGUGCUGGCCGGACAGACCCUGGAUAUCAACAUGGCUGGGGAACCCAAACCCAACAGACCCAAAGGGCUGAAGAGAGCAGCCUCCGCCUUGUACAGUGGCUACGACUUCGACUAUGACUAUUACAGAGACGACUUCUACGACAGGCUGUUCGAGUACCGGGGCCGCGUGUCGCCGGUGCCCAGGGUGGUGCCCGUCAAGCGCCCGCGGGUGACCAUCCCGCUGGUGCGGCGCGUCAAGGCCACGCUGCCCGUCAAGCUCUUCGCCAGGUCGGCUGCCAUCGCCAACAGCUCGGCCAAGCUGAAGCUGAAGUGCAGUGAGCUGCAAACGAUCAAAACCGAGCUGACACAGAUCAAAUCCAACAUCGAUGCUCUGCUGGGCCGGCUGGAGCAGAUCGCCGAAGAGCAGAAGCUGUCUGUAGAGGUGCGGAAGAAGGCGGAGGGCAGCAAGAGUGAGCUCUCGCAGGAGGACACAGCCUCGGAGGCAGAGGCCAACACGGAGGAGCCACUGAACGGGGACGAUGGGGAGGAAGAGGGUCUGGCACGGGACGAGUGUGAAGAUGAACUGCCCGUCCAGAGCAGCAGUGAGCAGGAGCGUGAGGAAAGCAGGAGGCUAGACCCUGUCCUGGCACACUGAGCAAGAAGCAGACAAGCUGAGUCCCAGGGCUGCUGUCACCUCCACCUGGCAUCCAGCAGGAGAACCAUGGCCUGGCAUCUUCCAUCCAUCUGUAAAGCAAAGACAACGAAAUCUCUGCAUCCCUGUGACCCCCAACCAACCCCCAGCAAUGGAUUCGGAGCUCUGCAGCCAGCAGGGGCAGGAACCAAACCCUGCACCGUCCAUGCCCGUCCCUGACUGGCUAGCAGGGAGCAGCGGUGUCCCCAAACGAGUCAGAGGUGUCCCAGAGCUCCCUGCAGGAGGGGAGGGAGAGCUCCACCUAACCCCGCAGAGACAUUUUAGCCUGGGCUAGGUGGGGGCCAGGGCCUCUGCUGCCUGAGGGGAAGGGGCUGCCCCCGUUUGGCCAGUGUGGGUGAUGCUGAGGAAGAGGGGGGUGGGGUGAGCUGUCCUCCCACAUGGUCACCACCUCCUCUGGCCUCUCUCUGCCCCCGGUACGCAGUCGGUGCUGGUGCAGCUGCUGUGCCCUGUGCAGCUGCUCUGGGGAGGGCAAGGGGGAAGGAAGGUGCCGCAGAGGGCCAAGGCAGCCCGAAGCCAGCAAACAUCAGCCUCGGGGGCUUGAGCUCCUGCACCACUGGGGAAGCACUGCCUGAAGGCUGAGCAGGGCUCUGCAGAGCGAGGGGCUGCAGCCGGUGUGGAUGAGACCCUUUGCCUGGACCAGCAGCACCCUGGGGGAGGGAGGGGGCGCUGUGAUCCGCCCACUCCUCCAUCCCAGCACCGGAGACAUCAGCUCUUUGCCCAAGGUGCUCACAUCUCCUCCUCAGCCUCACCGGGUCUCCGCAGCGCCCUGGCACAGCAGGAGAGGGCACAGCUGCGGGAGGCUGUGCCCCAUCAGAGGGGGCUGCACGGCAUGACAACAGCCUGCCCCAGCCUGGCACCGGCGACACCCCCCACACACACUCCCCUCCCCCGAGCACCGUGCAUGUGGGCAUGCCAGCACCUCCUAACCUCCAGCUGCUCCUGCCCCGGGCCAGCGUCCUGCCCGCAGCCAGCAUGCGGCUUGGCAUGGGGACCCCCUCAGACCCCAGCACCCCGGAGGUCUCUCAAGCCUUUCUCCUCUCGUUCCUUCCUCCUCCGUGAGCUCAUCCACUCCUUCGGAGCUCAGGGGCUAGAAAGGGAUGAAGCUCAGGGCUCAAAGGGGAUGAAGCUGAGGCAAGAAGGGGAUGGAGCUCAGGCAAGAAGAGGAUGAAGCUCAGGCAAGAAGGGGAUGAAGCUGAGGCAAGAAGGAGAUGGAGCUCAGGCAAGAAGGGGAUGAAGCUCAGGCAAGAAGGGGAUGAAGCUCAGGCAAGAAGGGGAUGGAGCUGAGGCAAGAAGGGGAUGGAGCUCAGGCAAGAAGGGGAUGGAGCUGAGGCAAGAAGGGGAUGGAGCUCAGGCAAGAAGAGGAUGAAGCUGAGGCAAGAAGGGGAUGGAGCUCAGGCAAGAAGGGGAUGAAGCUCAGGGGCUCGAAGGGGAUGAAGCUGGGGCAAAAAGGGGCUGAAGCUCAGGCAAGAAAAGACUGCAGCUCAGACGGCGCUCAGCUCAGCUGUGUCCUGCCCUCCUGCCCUCUCCAACGCACACAGACACUAGAUCAGUGCUCUGGAUCCAGCACAGUGUCCACACCUUCUCCUCGGCUCAAACCCCUCCCCCAGAACCUGUCCCCCCGGCCCCGGCUUGUGCAGAGUGCUCCAGCAGGGGACUCCGAGCCAGACCUCCUCAGCUAUGGCAUCUCACUCGGAAGGAUGAAGGGUGAAGGGGACAGCAGGUCCCGUCGGGGGCAAUGCAUCCCUGCCCCAAGGGCCAGCCUGCAUGGCUGCUGAAGCACAACUGGUUGGUUUUGCCCCUUUGCAUUUCCUAGUUUGCAGUAAUUCCUGAGGGAUAUCCCAGGGAUUAACCCCCAAUGGCUGCCCCCUCCUCCUCCUCCCCCACCACCACCACCCCCCUGGUUCCUCCUCCACAGUGUGCCCACUGAAGCCCUGGCAGAGCUGUUCUCUAAGCUGGCCGAGGUGAGCUGCAAAAGGCUGUUUGAUUUUGCUCUGCACUGACUGUGCUGCUGAUGGCUGGGAGAAAGGUGACCUUGUACAUACAGAACCUGUAUAAUAAACGAGAGAAGUCUG